AUGCUAUUGAAUAAGCUUCCGGGAGAAGUAUUCACUUAUAACUCAACUGGCAGAGUUGUUGUUGAGCAGGAUAUUGUUAACUAUCUCAUUGAGAUUUUGAACUCAGCAGAACCAUUGGGUACAGCUCCUCAUUGUCUUCAGCUGAAAAAAUGGACUCCUACUAUGCUAUUACAUAAUUUGUUACAGCCAAUAUUAUGCGAUGGUGCAAAAUUAAUUGUGCGCAAACUCAUGAGGAACUGCACUGAGACAAAUAUUCUCACUGGUUGUGGAAAAGGUAAGACCGUCUUCAUUCCUCGCAUACCAGUUAUACCAUCUAAUGUUCCAUUCCAAUUUAAGUGGUUACAGUUUCCUAUCCAGGUUUCGUUUGCCAUGAACAUUAAUAAAAGUCAGGGCCAAACAAACACUACAAACUGCUAG